AACGAGCAUGCGCAGUUCGGGGCUCGUGACGUCAUCAGGUGAAGUCGGCAGGCCAGAAAAGAAGGGAAACCUCUGACGGUAAGGGAGGGAAAACAUCCCGUUUCGGCAAAGUUGGAGGCCCCAAACUCUUCUGUCUGACGCGAAGACGCACAGAAAGCCAGUGAUGCCAUGGGAGGGUGCAUCGGGACCCACCACGACCGAUCGUCGGUCACAAAUGACACGGAAAACAGCUCGCCCGUUGCAAUGGGAAGAAACCAGCCUCUCAAGAAGGACAAGCCAAAGUGGAAGUCUGACGUUCCCUUUACGGACGGUCAACUGCGCAGCAAGAGGGACGAGUUCUGGGAUACGGCACCGGCGUUUGAAGGGCGCAAGGAGAUCUGGGAUGCCCUGCGGGCAGCGUGCAACGCAGUGGAAAGCAACGACCAUGAGCUAGCACAGGCCAUCAUAGACGGGGCAAACAUAUCACUUCCUCAUGGGACUCUCCAAGACUGCUAUGACGAACUGGGGAAUAGGUACCAGCUACCGGUGUACUGUAUUUCCGCACCAGUCAACAUGAUCUCCGAGGAGCAUAGUGAAUCAGACCCCAACGAUGUUCCUGAGUCAUUAACCACCGGCGAGGAGGUUUCCCUUAAACUUAGACUUUCCACAGGCAAGGACCUGAAACUUAACGUGCAGACCACAGACUCUGUGUUACACAUUAAGAAGAGACUUAAUGCAGAAGAGGGGAUCGAAUCAUCGCGGCAAAGGUGGUACUUCUCCGGGAAAUUGCUCCAGGAUAAGAUGCGGAUAGAAGAUGCAAAAAUCCCUAAAGGUUUUGUGGUCCAAGUCAUUGUUUCCCAGCCCGAUCCUACCCCUGUGGAUGGUUGAAAUUAUUUUCCUGCGGUAUUGCUGCUACUUUUGCCUGGAAGAGUCGAGCAUGUGAUGAAACCCCCUUUCUUUCCCAUUGAGCUCACACAUAUUGUUAACUGCUAUCGGUAAACCAGAAAAUGAUGAGCAUCGUCUCCACAUGUCAAGUGUACAGUUUAGUUGUACAUUUAGCAGCGCAUCUGUGUAUACAAAAUGUGCAGGUAAAAGUAUAACUAAACUGUACCCUUAAUCAUGACAUACAACUCUGUAUAUACAUGUAAAUGUGCUUAAGUAAAAGUCUUUUACAAUUCAUGCGCAUUGUCUUUGAUAAGCGCCAGAGCAAGAAAAAUGAUGAGGAAGGAAAGGGAGCUAGACUUUGAACACAUUUUCUGCUUGCAUUCAGUAGCACAAAAACAAAAGUCUCUUGCAAUAUAUUCAGAGAAUUUUUAAGUAAAACGUCUGCUGUAGUUACAUGCAAAAUGAUGUUGGUUUUGCAUGAUGACCCUACUGUCUGUGGUGGUUUGUCUCUCUUUUAGACAUUCUGGUACUGUAGAGGGGCCUGCAUGUAUGUAGAUGUCUUGUUACUCACUGUGUUGUUCUGUACAUAUGUAAAUCUUGCUGCAAAAAUCCAAUGAAGGGGACACUUAUGUAACAAAGUAACUGACAGAAUUGGAUGGUCUAUUCUGUGUACAUACAUACAUACCAUUAUAAAGAUAAAGCUCUCAAGGUACCAUAGCACAAGUAUGACGUAAGACUGCACCCACAAGCAUAUAAGGCCAUGGUAAUUAGAUGGGACCAGAUGUCUCACACCAACAUGGUCUCUAAUGCUAUUGUUUUAGAAGGUAAUUGUUUCAACUCACCUUCCCAUUUAAAGCACCUUAAGCUACAUCCCUGUAUUUGGCUGCAUUUCACUAAGAAAUGCGGACAAAUAGAAAGUAAUGUGACAAAAAUAAAAUGACCUAACCGUUAAUGAAUUAAUCUUGUUACAAAUUCCAUGUCUAUAAAGCAUCAAAGUCUAUAAAUUUGGCAGAUUAGAUGUCCUCACCUUUUGCCAUGUAUGCUAACUGAGAUGCAAAGACAGCCUUCUCUAAAUUUGUUUUCCAUUUUUUUUUAUCACAUUCUUAGUGUUGUUAGCUGAAGGAUUUGUAUUGAGAUCCUUUCCGAAUCCAAAGCCUUUCCCGUAUCCUGGGUCUCUAAAAUAUACAUGUAUGCUUCAAUACUCCUAGAUGUUAUGUUGGCAAUUAUAGAUGGACUAGUAGUACUAUUCUAAAUAAAUCAGAAAAAAUGAAAGACAGUUGUUAUGUUUUGCUAGAUAUAACUGUAGAUUUACUUUGUAUUUAUCCUUAGUCACACAUCUCCAUAACAUCAAUUCUUUGUGUUUGAUGAGGAAGUCUUAACUUGUAAAACACUUGGUCCAGUGUGCUUCUUUGAACAUGGAAGUAUAUACAUGUACAUGCACACAAGGAAAUUGCAUACAUAUACAUGCAUUCAUAUACGGUGUCACUACAUUUUAUAGAUUAUUUCUGUUGUUUUAAGCUCUAUUUUGCCAAUUGUAUAAAUGUCUGACAUAGAAAUCUUGCAAUUAUAUCUGGCCUUUUGGUUGUUUCUAAGGUUGUUUAUAGCGACUGCUGGAAAAAGGCUUAAAGAAGUUAGCUAGAAAACUGAAUGCUUCAAGACAUAACAAUUCUAUUAAAUACUUUGCAUUGUUACAUUUAAUGAUUGUAUUCAAUGACUGUAAAUAUUUGUCACAGUAAGUAAUUUACUUUUAAUCCUACAAAAUGAAAUUGAAAAACCUCCUUGUCUGAAGGAAAGCCAUGGAAGUAAAGGCAAAGGAAGGAACCUUCUUCACAAAAAUGCACCGCUAUAAGCUAAGAUAUAUGUGCCUAAGUUGUACGUAGCAAUGGUAAUUUACAACCAUUACCAUUUAACGGUUUAUUGACUUGGUCCUAAGCUUGAUUUUCAGGACAUUAAAUAUGACAUCAACAGGCUCGCAAAAGAGAAAAUUACUCCGCUCCUUUGACUUGAAUCCUUCAGACUUUGACAUCUAACUUAAAAACGUCUUAAGGCAUACUUCAUGUACAAAAAAGAAAUUCAUCCGUACAUUUUAGACUGAACUGUUAUAGAUGUAAUCUAGAAAUUGUGUUCCCUAGUGCAAUAUUCUUGUUUCAUCUCUGUAGUGUUACUUACUUUUUUUUUACAAAAUCUUGAUUUUCAGUUCAGUUUAUCCAUUAGGUGACUUGUCAUAAAUGUACUUGACUUUAUAGCUUAAAAAGAUUCCAUCAUGUUUGUUGUGUUCAUUGUCAGAAGCAUUCUCAAGUUGAUGUUUGUUGUCCCUCAAUGUUGCUCUUCUUCCUCUUUUUGUUCCCUUGUUGUUGUUUUUUAAAACUUGUACUUUGGUCAAAGGAAAGUUGAAAUUUAUACAGAUGCAGCAAAGAUGUUCAUUACUGUAUAAAUCACAUCUUUGUAUCAUUUCAUUUUCUGUGAUGUUUUAUUGGCUUCAAAGUGUGAUGUUAUACCAGUAAUCUGAUUUUCAAUGUUGCGGAGAAUGUCCAACAUAAAUGUCAUGUAUGUACAUCUCCACAUUGAAAUUCUACGUUCCCAAACUUGGGUAAACCUGUUGGUCGUACCAGUGGUUUAGAACCAGUGGUUCAGCAAACAGGGUAAGCUUAACCAUUAGUACUCUAAGACCAGUGUAUGGCAACAAAUUUGUUUGUCUUUCAAAUACAUGUCAUUUUGCACAUGAAAGAGCACUCAGAGUUCUUGCAUGAGUACAAGUUGUGCACUUGAGUUUGCUGUGCUAACUGCUGGAGACUAACAUUUUGCAGUUAACUUUGCCAAUGUACAGGUGUACCCAUAUUACAUGUACAUUGUAGUACAUUAUAUUUUGGCACGUAGUAUAAGGAGUGCUGAGGGUUAGAAAGCAACAGUCAGAACCUCAAGGAUGUAAAUUUGUUGUUCAUUUUUUUCCUUUUUAAUAGCUACUUUAUAAACAACCCAUGUACUAUCAGGUUAGGAAGCAGUGUAUCAAUUAAGUUUAAAUAUAGAUAAUCCUUACUUGUUUAAAGCUUUAAAACUGUCUAUUUCCAUGUUUGUUCCAAACAAAUGGUCUGAAAUGAACAACAUAUAUCACAAUCCUGUUUCAUGUCCUUAGAGUCAGUAGUACUGAAGAUGUUGCUUAAAAUGCUGAGAUAUUCUGGGGGAAAAAAUGUAGUACUUCUGACUCUGAGCAUGUCAAUGUAAAUUUGCAGCAUACGCUAAUAUCUAGUAGAAAAUUGUUCUUUAAUCUGUCGUAAUGACUUCGUUUGUAUUCUAUUGACAUUCCAGGCCAACUAAUGACUGAUACUUUCAUGCGCAAUGGAGCAAGUACAAUGAACAAUGUCAAUGUCUAAAGUUAAAUGAGGUUUGUUAAUUAGUGCUGGGGGGUGAUUAUCCCCAUCCACAGACUGGAUAAUGUACUUGCAUCAAAUGUCGCUUUAAGUAUACUAACUGAAUUUUAGGAUGUGGAAACCACAGAUUGGAAACCUUCAUCAUGUCUGCAUAGCAGAAUUAUUUAGAUACCAUCAAUGUGUAACUUUUUAAAGCAAUGUACUUUUCCUGUGUUAUAAGCACCAUGAUUUGUACCAUUUCUGUAUCAUUCACAGCUUAAACUGUAUAUAGAGAUUUUGUUCAAAAUGGAAAUAUUUUCCAGGUUACAAUUGUGUACAAUGUACAUAGAUGUAGGGUGCAUUCGUUUGUUGUGUUUGCUAAAAUCUUGUAUGGAAUCAAACUUUUGUGUGAAUAACAAGUUAUUCUACUACUGUCAACUGUGAUAGCUUUACAAAACAACUUAAGAAUAAAAUCUGCUGUACAUCUA